ACCAGGUCCAGAUCACAAACCACUAUACUUAGACUAGUCAAAUCUGGACUAAAUUAACAUAGAGACUCAAGAGACUCAUUAAAACACAGUUUCAGAUUUGUGAAAGAAAGCCAAAGCUUUUUACUAUUUUGACGACUAUCAGAGUUUCUCUGUUGAUAAUAAGUUCUCUUUUUUAUUCUAUUCAUCUUGGUUACUUGGUUUCUAAGCUUACAGUAAUACUUUCUGUCCUCAGGCGAACCAGACUGAACAGCAACCUUCUUGGCCUCCUCUAUUUGUGACAUUAAGUCCUUCAAUGAAUUGUCAAUCCAUGGGGCGCCUUUGGCUUUAACUGUGGACUUCUUUAAAGGGGCGUGCCUGUUAACAAUUUUCAUAAAAUAAUCCAUAAAUAAAUUCAGAGAAUCUUCUGCAUCAUUAACAGCGUACACAUCAGCUCAUUUUGUUUUACCAAGUUCAUCAAAAAAAAAGCCUCAUCAUUGAAUCUUUUAUAGGUUCUAGUCAGUACAAUUUUGGCAUUGGCUUUUGGCAGCUUAGUUCUCCUAACCACAACAAUAUGUAUUGGGAAUACAGUAACAAGCAUGAUUUCCAUCAAGGGAGCAGCACGGGAUGACUUCCAGUAUCCAAGCAGCCAUGAAUUCACUGUAAUGGUGAAGCGUCUCACAGUACUACUCAAUGCUGCAAGACAGAUCUGGGACCAGUGGAGCUGAGUGGGGAAGUUACUACUCAGAAUGUGACAACCCCCAAAAAGAAGCAGGGAGCGACUCCAUCAAGAAUGAGGCCGGCAACCUUAGCCUUCGAAGCAGCCAGGAGACGUCCACUGAGGAGACUGAUGAGUCCACCUGCUCAGCUUUGAUCUUGGAGAGAUCGCCACAAUCAAGCAUCAGUCCACACCCAACAAGAAGGAUGAUUCCCAGCUUCUGGACCUUGAAUUCCAAGCAAGACAAGCCGUCAUUGACUCUGAACGAAGGAGCAGGACAGGCCUACCAAGAUUCUUCAAGCUUAUCCCUGCUUCAGAGUGCUGGAUCAUAUUUUACUACAGGAGGAUGUCAAACCUGAGAGCUGCUAUGAUGGACCCCCAGGGACUGUUUCCUUAUGGUGCACGGAGCCAGUCUGAAUGUGUAUUCAGAGCAUUACUACUGGCCCAACCAAAAAACAAGGAGCAAUUUCUACCGCGGUACAUGUCGGCAAUGGAAUCUUCUGGAAAGUCUCAACCAGAAACGGACUCAAAGAUCGCUGCUUUCAACUUCAAAGAGAUGUGAGGUAUUCAUUUUCUGUAACCACAAAUCCCACUGGGGCUGUGGGGGACUGGAGCCUAUCCCAGAUGACAUUGGGCGAGAGGUGGGGUACACCUCGGACAGGUCGCCAGGGUUGACACAUAGAGACAGACCAUUCACACUCACAUUCACACCUAUGGGCAAUUUAGUGCCACCUGAUUUAUUAACCUGAUGUGCAUGUUUUUGGAUUGUGGGAGGAAGCUGGAGUGCUUGCAGAAAACCCACACUGACACAGGGAGAACAAUUUUCAGGUAAUGAUUUGCAGUGUCCUAGCUAAUCUGAUCAAGGCCUUUGUUUUUCAGGUGCAUUUACAUGGACCCUAAAAUUCCAAUAAUAGCCCAAUUAGAAUAAAUCUGACCCAUGUAACCACCUCACUUAUAAGAGAUGGGCCAGUCAGGAUGAUGGGAAAGAAUUUUCAGUCAGGUUUAGAGGGAUAAUAUUAGUGCCCCCAGCAGGGUCUGGUCUGCUUUUUUCACAAGCAAAUCUGGUGAGAAAACGCACUGAUAAUCUAUUUUAAACCACAUAAAGGAUAUAUUAGAUAAGAUAUAAGUGUCAGUUGUGUCUAAACAGAGAGACACAAACUCAAAGAACAUUUAGCAGGACUGAGGGCAAAUUUGGGACAUAACCAAAUCAAUGAAUUCAUCACUUUCACAUGUUUCAGAGACAUGCAGAAUGAAAGAUGGACUCCAGAGGCUUUCCAUCAGUGCAGGAUGUACUCCAACCAGGGUCACCUGACCUCAGUUACACCUGAGGCCCUGAAGGAAGCCUCUGCAGAUUCUCCUCAGGAGAAUACAGGGGCCAUUAACAAUGUAGUUGAGACAGCCCCAGAGUCUGAGCCCUGCAAACACACUAUCUCAGAACCAGCGGUGAAACACAGACCUGUUCCUCCCUCUACUCCAAAGAAGAAGGAACUAUCAGUAAGGCACAGGAGGGUAGUCCUCAAACCUGUGGGGACCCACAGGCCUGUUGUUCCCCCUAUUCCUCAGAGGAAGGAGCCAACCGUGAACAGGCAGGUGGUCUCUGAGAAGUCAAGUGGCGGCAGGUCUCCAGUACGAAGAGCUGUGGGGCUGACCGCUGCACCCAAACCUGUCCUUCAACCUAUUGGCCAGAGGAAGAACCUACCACCAAGGCCAAGUUGGGCUAAGCAGGACCCUCCUAAGCUCAAGGAGCUGGAGGAGGGUUGGGACAGCGAUAAUUCGUCACCAGAGAGGAAGAGAGUUCUAUGGACGGACAGGGAAAGGGUUAGACCGGUGUCUGCUGUCAGCAUAAGAACACGUAGAGUGUCCACAGUAAGGGCUGCUGGUCAGCAGGAGAAUACAAGAGCCAUCGAUGAUGUAGAGAAGACAGCAACAGGCCUGUGUGUCACCACUGCCACCAAGGCCAAGUGGGGCUAAGGAGGACCCUGCUAAGCUGAAGGAGCUGGAGGGAACUGCAGAACUAAGUUAGACCUAAGUAGGGCCUACUGCCUGCUGCUUUGGUUAGGUAAUUUGUUAGUUAGCUAGUUAGUUUGUAAUUGAGGCAGUUAGGUUGGGUUUUCCUCCGGGUCGCUCUGGUUUUUAUCCCACAGUCAAAAGAGAAAUUUAAAAACAAAAAAAAAAAAAACCCUCUUGAAUUAUUUUAUUCAAACUAAAGAAAUAUUCACAAACUCUUCUUUGACGUUUAUGCAAAAUAAAGCAUUAUAAAAAGUUGGAAAUCAUGUCUUUCAUUCUUGAAUUAUUGAGUGUUAACAGUCAACA